GGAGUCGAAAGCGGUAAAGUAAACCACUUCAACUAGUUGUCCUUUCGAGCAAGACCAGAGACUCCGAUGAAAUUUUUAAAUGUUGUCCUUGUUGGGCUGGUGACUGUUGUCGCAGUCUCCUUGCAGCCUACCAUUGCUGACAAAAAGCAGUUGCGACCCAGCUGUAACAACGUUGCAGAUGGCUACCAUUUAGCGGAUCCCACCAGAUGUGCCGGAUAUUAUAUCUGCACCCGUGGUCGACCAGUACAUCACAGCUGUCACUUAGGACAGUCGUUCGACGAGGAUAGCAAGUCGUGCAAAACAUCCAGCCAGGUCAAUUGUUUCAAUUUUAGAGGUUUGGCCCUUCGUAUUCAUCUAGGCGCAGACGCUGGUGCGCCUGACUCCGAGCAACCGUGCUCAACAACAACUCCAUGUGUGACUACAACCCCUCCAUGUGAGACAACAACCCCUCCAUGUGUGACAACAACUCCGCCAUGUGAGACAACAACCCCUCCAUGUGUGACAACAACUCCGCCAUGUGAGACAACAACCCCUCCAUGUGAGACAACAACGCCUCCAUGUGAGUCAACAACUCCUCCUUGUGAGACAACAACUCCGCCAUGUGAGACAACUACUCCUCCAUGCGAGACUACAACUCCUCCAUGUCUGACCACUACUCCUCCAUGUGAGACAACAACUCCUCCAUGUGUGACUACAACCGCUCCAUGUGAGACAACAACCCCUCCAUGUGUGACAACUACUCCUCCAUGUGAGACAACUACUCCUCCAUGUGAGACAACUACUCCUCCAUGCGAGACAACCACACCUCCAUGUGAGACAACAACCCCACCAUGCGAGACAACAACCCCUCCAUGCGAGACAACAACGCCUCCAUGUGAGACAACAACCCCACCAUGUGAGACAACAACCCCUCCAUGUGAGACAACAACUCCGCCAUGUGUGACCACUACUCCUCCAUGUGAGACAACAACUCCUCCAUGUCUGACCACUACUCCUCCAUGUGAGACAACAACUCCGCCAUGUGUGACCACUACUCCUCCAUGUGAGACAACUACUCCUCCAUGUGUGACUACAACCGCUCCAUGUGAGACAACAACCCCUCCAUGUGUGACAACAACUCCGCCAUGUGAGACAACUACUCCUCCAUGUGAGACAACUACUCCUCCAUGUGAGACAACUACUCCUCCAUGUGAGACAACAACUCCGCCAUGUGAGACAACUACUCCUCCAUGCGAGACAACCACAUCUCCAUGUGAGACAACAACCCCACCAUGUGAGACAACAACCCCUCCAUGUGUGACAACUACUCCUCCAUGCGAGACAACAACGCCUCCAUGUGAGACAACAACCCCACCAUGUGAGACAACAACCCCUCCAUGUGAGACAACAACUCCGCCAUGUGUGACCACUACUCCUCCAUGUGAGACAACAACUCCUCCAUGUCUGACCACUACUCCUCCAUGUGAGACAACAACCCCUCCAUGUGUGACAACAACUCCGCCAUGUGAGACAACUACUCCUCCAUGUGUGACUACAACCGCUCCAUGUGAGACAACAACCCCUCCAUGUGUGACAACAACUCCGCCAUGUGAGACAACUACUCCUCCAUGUGAGACAACUACUCCUCCAUGCGAGACAACCACACCUCCAUGUGAGACAACAACCCCACCAUGUGAGACAACAACCCCUCCAUGUGAGACAACAACUCCUCCAUGUGAGACAACAACGCCUCCAUGUGUGACCACAACCCCUCCAUGUGAGACAACAAUCCCUCCAUGUGAGACAACAACCCCUCCAUGUGUGACAACUACUCCUCCAUGUGAGACAACUACUCCUCCAUGCGAGACAACAACAACUCCAUGUGUGACGACAACCCCUCCAUGUGAGACAACAACUCCGCCAUGUGUGACCACUACUCCUCCAUGUGAGACAACUACUCCUCCAUGUGUGACUACAACCCCUCCAUGUGAGACAACAACGCCACCAUGUGUGACCACUACUCCUCCAUGUGAAACAACAACUCCUCCAUGUGUGACCACAGCCCCUCCAUGUGAGACAACAACUCCUCCAUGUGUGACUACAACCCCACCAUGUGAGACUACAACUCCUCCAUGUGUGACAACAACUCCUCCAUGUGUGACAACAACCCCUCCAUGUGAAACAACAACUCCUCCAUGUGUGACAACAACCCCCCCAUGUGAGACAACAACUCCUCCAUGUGUGACUACAACCCCUCCAUGUGAGACUACAACCCCUCCAUGUGAGACUACAACCCCUCCAUGUGUGACAACAACCCCUCCAUGUGAAACAACAACUCCUCCAUGUGAGACUACAACCCCUCCAUGUGAAACAACAACUCCUCCAUGUGUGACAACAACCCCUCCAUGUGAAACAACAACUCCUCCAUGUGUGACAACAACCCCUCCAUGUGUGACUACAACUCCUCCAUGUGAGACAACAACACCUCCAUGUGUGACAACAACCCCUCCAUGUGUGACUACAACCCCUGAAACAACAACUCCUCCAUGUGUGACAACAACUCUUCCAUGUGUGACAACAACCCCUCCAUGUGAGACAACAACACCUCCAUGUGAGACAACAACUCCUCCAUGUGAGACAACAACCCCUCCAUGUGAGACAACCACUCCUCCAUGUGUGACAACAACCCCUCCAUGUGAAACAACAACUCCUCCAUGUGAGACAACAACUCCUCCAUGUGUGACUACAACUCCUCCAUGUCUGACAACAACUCCUCCAUGUGAAACAACAACUCCUCCUUGUGUGACCACUACUCCUCCAUGUGAGACAACAACCCCUCCAUGUGAGACAACAACACCUCCAUGUGUGACUACAACCCCCCAUGUGAAACAACAACUCCUCCAUGUGUGACCACUACUCCUCCAUGUGAGACAACAACUCCUCCAUGUGAGACAACAACUCCUCCAUGUGAGACAACAACUCCUCCAUGUGAGACAACAACUCCUCCAUGUGUGACUACAACCCCUCCAUGUGA